AUGUCCUGGACUUCCUUGGAUGAAGAUGCCGCGACAUCCUCAAGUGACGAGGACGAGGACCUCGCGAAAGGAGAUAAUAAUCCCGUACGGCAUAUGAAUAGAAUGAUCGAAAAUAUAGAGAGGGAAAGUAAAAAGUUACCGUAUUCCGGACUUGGGGAAGGAUUGCAGGUCAAAGAACCUCACAGUUAUGUCUCUAAGGACCAGGACCCGAACCCUGUCAUCCAAGAACAAAACUCGGACAAUGAGAUCCUCUCGCAAAAAGCAUCCAGAUCCCAGCUGAAAUUUCAUACGAUUUUGGCUAGCAAGGACGAGCAUAUUCGUACCUUGCAGAAACUUGUAAACGGCCAAAGAGAGCAGCUGUAUCAUUUCCUCAACAUGUCUAUGAAGAAGGAAACUUUACUUAAGUUAAAAAAGACCUGUCGAGAGACAGAGGCACUAAGUCAAAAUGAAAACAUGUGCAUGGCACUGGACAAGUUCAAAUACGAAAACAAUUUGCCCACUGAACAAACUAUGGUUCGGAAAGACGUGUCCAGAACUUUGCUGAAAUUGGAAAGACUCAUGAGACAUCAGGUAAGGCUUGUGAAAGGUAUGGAAUUGGGCGUCAUUGACGAAGAUCUCGAAGGCACGAGUAACUCCGUUCAGAUCAGCUGUAUUCGUCGUGAGAACGAGUUCACAGACGUUCAAAGGUUGUCAAAAGGCACGAAAAAUAUUCAACGCAAAAUACGAAUGCUGAAGAUUCAGUUAAAGAAGUUGGCUUUGAUCGAAGAAGAGCGGAUCGAUUUGGUAGAACGUGUUUACUCCAUUCCAUCCGAUCAACGACAGUAUUAUGCUCACCUGGCGGUGAUUGAGCGAGAGAAAAGUCAGCUUCUAUGUGAAAUCGACAAGCUUAGAGAAAAUUAUAGAAACCUAAAGCAGAAGUGUUGCUUGCUAGAAGGAACUGACGUGGGCCUAAGCGGAAAUAACGAUGGCAAGAUCGAAGGUAUUGACCUGAACACAAUGAAGACUGGUUCGAAAACGCACUUGAAAACGUCCCUGGUCGCAAUGACGAAAGAUGAGAAAGGGAAAUUGAGCUCGGAUUCCGUCAAGUUGUACAAUGAAAACGCAGAAAUGGCCGAACGGCUGAAGAACUUCGAUAACCUAAAACGGGAGCGUGACGAUUUGAAACGCGAAAUCGAAGUACUGGUGGAGAAUUGUCUUCGGCUUCAGGGCGAAGUCAAAGCGCUUCGUAUGGCCAGCCGAUCGGAUGAUCUACUCGAGCAACUUCGUCAGGCUUGUUUGGAAAGAGAACAGCUCAGAACGAAGCUCGAUCGACUGACGAAGGAGGGUCCGGGUGUUUUGAGAAUUUGCGGUGAAACGGCGAGCAAAGUUGCCGAAGAAAGAGACCAGCUUCGACUUAAGGUUCUGCCGAACUUCUCAGCUUGUGGAAACAUCACGAGACCAUUCCACCUUCGACUUUUUCAGCUUGCCGAGUAUCUGACUAUGGAAGAAGACGUCAAGUCAUUGCGUUUCAAGGCCAGCCAGGCUGAAGCCUGUCGCGUCGAAGUGGAGAGAUUAAAAGUGGUGGUUGCGGAACUUGAAGAAGUAAAAGCAGCGCACAUAGCUUUGCUGGACAAGAAUGGAAGUAAUCCCAACUUAGUCAGUCCCCUUGACAGAGACAUGUACAGAAAUAUGUCGAAGCAAUUACAGCAUCUGAGGGAAGCAGAAAAGCAGAGAGAGUGGUUGGUUCUCGAAAUAUCUAGAUACAAAUACGCUCUUCUGAGACAAGAAGAGGAGGUCAAAGACUUGGUCGAUACCGUCGACAAAUUGAUGGACCACAUAAAGACUCUCAGAAUCAACUCGACUGUAAAUCCUGCGGAAGGGACUCCCGAUGGACCGGAAGUAAUCGCAGUAUUGAACGCUGAGGAGGAAAAACGGCUCGAUAUGAUUCGAAACAGAAUAUGCCAUGAUACUUUAAAAACUGCGCCGCCGCCGCAGGAAGAAACGUUCUCGGAAAGCACUCCUGAAAAAACUACCUUCAUUAAUUCUUUGAAGGUAAUAUUAGAACAACACUCACUGUCAUGGUAA